CAGCGUCCAGGCCAUGGGCUACAACGGCUCCUCGGCCGGGAACAUCCAGUCCGAGGUGAAGGAGGAGACCAUGCAGCCUGGGACAGAACUGUCCGUCCCCAUCCUGGUCCCGUUCUCGGCCUAUCACAAGCUCAUGGUGGAGUGUGACAGCAUGAAGGUCACAGCCAUGGUCAAUGACAAAUACAAGCCGGAGCAAGUCUACCUGGCAGAGAAUGACAUUGUGCUGACGGAUCCUCCUUUCACCUUAACAGUUUCCAGUACGACCAGACUGCAACAAGAAACCAGUGGAGUAUUGAUUUUCAAGAACCCGGCAGACGAGAUGCUGACGGGAUGCACACUGACUCUGUCUGGAAGUGGAGUAUUUAAAAAGGAGGAGGACUGCAGGCUCCCGGACCUGGCACCAAAACAACAGUUCCGUAUCAACAUCUUCUUUUAUCCCUACAAGACGGGAAAGAAGACGAUCACGGCCGUCUUCGACUGCUCCACCUUCAGGGACAUCCAGACCACCUGCAAGAUCGAGGUCAAAGAGUAACGUCUCAAACAGUGACCUUUAUAAGAGAGAUAACAAACCGCUGUGAACUUCACUCAGAACCAACGAGCUUUCUCGCAGCUUUGCAUUAUCCACUUUUAUAUGAUAAAGCCCGGUGAUGGACCACUGCUUAAAAAAGAAGAACAACGAGAAAGAUGCUAAACAUACGACACAUGAACAUUUACAUGUAUCUGCUUAAAUUCGUUGAUUUCUUUUAAGGUCUGACUUGGAUCCCAGCUGGUUUUUAAAGUCUGAUCCUGAAACUAGAUUCUCAUCAGAAUGUUUGAAUUUGCUUGAACAAAGUUACUCAGUUGUUUUGUUCUUGAGGAUAAAUCUCCUGCCGGGAUCUCGAGGUAACAGCGGCCUCUGCUGGACAGACAGAAGACAAACUCUUCAUUCUCUAAAAUAGAAACCGAACAACUGCUGCUCCCCGUCUCAUGAUGCAUUCAGGAAAACAUGGUAGAAAAGGUUCUCAACUCAGGGGUAAAGCUUUUUCUCUUAUCGAAGAUUUCAGGCCAAGUCAAGUCAACAACACAACUGCUGGUGACCAAAUAAAAUGAAUACAUCUUCAAACGCACAAGGGACAUUCACUAUCUUGUCCUAUAUUCUAAAAUGUAAACACAAUGGGAAAUGUUCAUGUUUUUUAUGUGUUUCCACGGUGCUUUGCCACAGAGAGUUUUUCUUUAUAUUGUUGAGGGUCAAUAAAAAUCUGAACUGAAAAGA